AUGAACAACUGGAGGACAUCUUCACCACUCAAAAUGAUAGCCAAUUGUGCCUUUAGUGCGCUCCUGCUCUCCCUCCUCUGUGAGGCAAGUGCCUUCGCCUUACUCAAUUCCACUGACUCAUCUCCGCCAACCAAUAAUCUCACUGGGAUUGAAGCAGCUCUAACAGCACCACUAGUUUCUGCGGAUAUCCCCAAAGCAAGGCGGAAGCGCUACAUUUCGCAGAAUGACAUGAUCGCGAUUCUUGAUUAUCAUAAUCAAGUUCGGGGCAAAGUGUUCCCACCGGCUGCAAAUAUGGAAUAUAUGAUUUGGGAUGCAAAUCUUGCAAAAUCUGCAGAGGCUUGGGCAGCUACUUGUAUUUGGGAACAUGGACCUUCUUAUUUACUGCGAUUUUUUGGACAAAAUCUGUCUGUAAGAACUGGAAGAUAUCGCUCUAUUCUCCAAUUGGUCAAGCCAUGGUAUGAUGAAGUGAAAGACUAUGCUUUUCCAUAUCCCCGGGAUUGCAACCCUAGAUGUCCUAUGAGAUGCUUUGGACCCAUGUGUACACAUUACACACAGAUGGUUUGGGCCACUUCCAGUCGAAUAGGAUGUGCAAUUCAGACUUGUCAAAAUAUGAAUGUCUGGGGAACUAUAUGGCGGCAAGCAGUUUACUUGGUAUGCAACUAUUCUCCAAAGGGCAAUUGGAUUGGAGAAGCACCAUAUAAAGUAGGGGUACCAUGUUCAGCCUGCCCUCCAACUUACGGUGGAUCUUGUACCAAUAAUCUUUGUUUUCCUGGAGUAACUUCAAACUACCUAUAUGGAUUUAAGUAA